AUGGCCGCGUCGGCAGAUUUAAGUAAGUCUUCCCCAACACCGAAUGGAAUACCAUCUUCAGACACAGCCAGCGAUGCCAUGGACCCCUUCCAUGCUUGCAGUAUUCUUAAGCAACUCAAAACAAUGUACGAUGAAGGACAGCUGACAGACAUUGUAGUGGAAGUGGAUCACGGGAAAACAUUUUCCUGUCAUAGAAACGUUCUUGCUGCAAUCAGCCCUUAUUUCAGAUCCAUGUUCACUAGCGGCCUUACAGAAAGCACUCAAAAAGAAGUUCGAAUUGUUGGUGUUGAAGCCGAGUCGAUGGAUUUAGUGUUGAACUAUGCCUAUACCUCCAGAGUUGUUCUGACAGAGGCCAAUGUUCAAGCCUUGUUCACUGCAGCUAGCAUCUUCCAGAUUCCCUCCAUCCAAGACCAGUGUGCCAAGUACAUGAUCAGUCAUUUGGACCCACAAAAUUCUAUUGGGGUCUUCAUCUUUGCUGAUCAUUACGGUCAUCAGGAACUUGGAGAUCGAUCUAAAGAAUACAUUCGUAAAAAGUUCUUGUGUGUCACCAAAGAACAGGAGUUUCUUCAGCUGACAAAAGACCAACUGAUAAGUAUCCUAGACAGUGAUGAUUUAAAUGUAGACCGGGAAGAGCAUGUUUAUGAGAGUAUUGUAAGGUGGUUUGAACAUGAACAGAAUGAAAGAGAAGUGCACCUUCCAGAAAUUUUUGCCAAAUGCAUACGUUUUCCUUUAAUGGAAGACACCUUUAUAGAGAAAAUUCCACCUCAGUUUGCACAGGCUAUCGCCAAAAGCUGUGUGGAAAAGGGACCAGCCAGUCCCAAUGGCUGUACACAGAGACUUGGAAUGACUGCAUCGGAAAUGAUCAUAUGUUUCGACGCAGCCCACAAACACUCAGGAAAGAAGCAAACAGUGCCUUGUCUAGAUAUAUUCACAGGAAGAGUGUUCAAACUAUGCAAACCACCAAAUGAUCUGAGAGAAGUUGGAAUCCUUGUAUCACCAGAUAAUGAUAUUUACAUUGCAGGAGGGUACAGGCCAAGCAGCAGUGAGGUAUCCAUUGACCAUAAGGCCGAAAAUGAUUUCUGGAUGUAUGACCAUUCCACCAAUAGGUGGCUUUCCAAACCGUCCUUGCUUCGAGCCAGAAUAGGCUGCAAACUGGUGUACUGCUGUAGUAAGAUGUAUGCAAUCGGAGGGCGUGUCUACGAAGGUGAUGGGAGAAACUCACUAAAAUCUGUGGAGUGCUAUGACAGCAGAGAGAACCGCUGGACUACUGUUUGCGCCAUGCCUGUUGCAAUGGAGUUCCAUAAUGCCGUGGAAUACAAAGAGAAGAUCUAUGUUUUACAGGGAGAGUUUUUCCUCUUCUAUGAGCCUCAGAAAGACUACUGGGGUUUCUUAACCCCCAUGACUGUGCCUAGAAUCCAGGGCUUAGCAGCUGUAUACAAGAACUCUAUCUACUACAUAGCUGGAACCUGUGGAAAUCAUCAGCGGAUGUUUACUGUAGAAGCCUAUGAUAUUGAGCUCAAUAAGUGGACUCGUAAGAAGGACUUUCCAUGUGAUGAGUCCAUAAACCCAUACCUUAAACUGGUACUUUUCCAGAAUAAGCUCCAUUUAUUUGUUCGAGCUACUCAAGUGACCGUUGAAGAACAUGUCUUCAGAACCAGCAGAAAAAAUUCCCUUUACCAGUAUGAUGAUAUCACUGACCAAUGGAUGAAAGUGUAUGAGACCCCAGAUCGCCUCUGGGACCUUGGCCGGCAUUUUGAAUGUGCUGUUGCUAAACUGUAUCCUCAGUGUCUUCAGAAAGUACUUUAA